AGGGACUGGUCUCUCUCUUCUGCUUUUCCGGAACGUUACCGGCGUAUGUUGAAGAACUUGCUGAUGUGGGACAGUAGAAUUGAUCGGGCAAUGCAAGGGUUUGUUUCUCUUUGAGGACCUGUAUGCUGUUAUUAACGGCGGUGUGGAAGAGACCACGGAGCUUCUGAAGCAGCGAUUUGACCACAUUCUCUAUACGGGAAACAGCGUGGUUGGAAAAAUUGUCAUGGCUGCUGCCGCCAAGCAUCUGACCCCUGUGACUCUCGAACUGGGAGGGAAAAGCCCGUGUUACAUUGACAGAGACUGUGACCUGGACACCGUUUGCAGGCGCAUAACCUGGGGAAAGUACAUGAAUUGUGGUCAAACUUGCAUUGCUCCUGACUACAUUCUCUGCGAAGCAUCCCUCCAGAGUCAAAUCGUGCAGAAGAUUAAGGACACCGUGAAGGAAUUUUAUGGAGAAAACAUAAAGGAGUCUCCUGAUUAUGAACGGAUCAUCAAUAUGCGGCAUUUUAAGAGGAUACUAAGUUUGCUUGAAGGACAAAAGAUAGCUUUUGGUGGGGAGACCGACGAGGCCUCCCGCUACAUAGCCCCAACAAUACUUACGGAUGUUGACCCUGACACCAAAGUGAUGCAGGAAGAAAUUUUUGGACCGAUCCUUCCAAUAGUGCCUGUGAAAAGCGUGGACGAAGCCAUCCGCUUCAUCAACGACCGCGAAAAGCCGCUGGCGCUCUACGUGUUUUCUCGCAACGAUAAGCUCAUCAGACGGGUGAUUGCCGAGACGUCCAGUGGCGGCGUCACGUGCAAUGACGUCAUCAUGCACUUCACGCUCAGCGGCUUUCCCUUUGGAGGAGUGGGUUCCAGUGGGAUGGGAGCUUAUCACGGAAAACACAGUUUCGAUACUUUUUCUCACCACCGUCCCUGUCUGUUAAAAAGUUUGAAGGGAGAAGGUGCCAACAAACUCAGGUACCCUCCCAACAGCCAGUCAAAGGUGGACUGGACGAAGUUUUUCCUCUUGAA